GCGACUGUUAAAUAACAUGAAACUAUAAGCGUCUGUGUAAUUUUAUUCAAGUGAUAUUUACAAAGUUUACGUGCGUUUAACGUUACCUGAACAAUGUAUCAUAAGCGUUCAGCUAUCAGAAUUCCAAUGACGGUGAUAUUAAUGGUUAUUAGCAAGACAUGCAGAGUGGUGACGGCAAUCGACUGUUACGUUUGCACGUCGGACGAAGACAACUGCGGGACAAACGUCAACGAAGAGCAACUGAUUCUAGAGCAGAAGGUCGCGUCCGCAUGCAAGUCAUGUGUCAAAGAGUUCAAAUCGAUAGGCACAGUUUGGAGCACGGUGACCCGAAGCUGCGGUCAGGAUCCCUCGAACACGUGCAGGGACAUCCUCGGCUACGGACGCUGCACGUGCACCACGACGUUCUGUAACCAUGGCUACCACCACGCACCGUCCCUAACUUUAAUGGUUGUGCUUACAUCGCUUUCCGUGAUGUUCUCUAUGACUCGCUCGUCAACAUUUGCAUGAUAAACGUCACUAUGAAUACAUAUGGUUUCGAAUUCGUCAGUGGUCUAAAUAAAUGCUUAAUAAAAAAUGAAAAGAAAAACUAACACGCAUGUUGAAAAAAACACACACGCACGCACGCACUCAUGUACACACAAUAACACACAAACUCGCAUGAACGCGCGUGCACACAUACAACACAUCACACAACCACGCAUGUUUUCAUCAGAAAUUUAAGCCACAUUAAUACCCAAAACGAAUAUUUCGUUAAAUAUUAUAUUUCGUAUUAUAAAGUUAACCCAUAAAAUUUUCGGAAAUUGUCGUAUUUUACUAAAUAUUUUACGAAAUAUUCGUUGUUUUUGAGGGACAUGUUCACGUUUUGGUAAAUUGACAACAUUAAAAAAAUGUUUCCGACUUGCACAUGUUCGUGGAAGUUAUGAUAUUUAAGAGCAUACAUCAAUACUAAACAAUUACCAUAAUCUUAAAUGUUAUUUAUAUGCAUCUUUUGACGAUUAAAAAUCUCGUAAAUAUUUAAGCGUCACAAACGCGAAACGAUUGAAACGAUUGAAUCAUUUGGCAAGUUCUGUUAUUAUUGUUAUACUUUGUUUCAUUGCGAGUAUCGCUUAUAUAUGGUAAUAAAAUACGUCACACUUUCUAUAAAUACGGAUUACCGAGUGCAUUAAGCGUCAGACUUUUACUCCAAGAAUCAGUGGUUCGAACCAGUUGUUGAUUACUUUUUUAUUUUUUCAAUUGUAUUCUUGUUUAAUACUGGAGCUUUUAAUUAAAAUGUUUCUAUUUAUCAAAGGAUAGCAUUAAAUGGCAAAAAUAAAAACA